ACACUUGAAUGCCAAAAGGGAUCUUCAUACACAAUUAUAUCAAGAUUUUCCCAUUUCAACCCAACUUCUGUCUUCCUUUUCUUCAUCUUUGAUCCAUCCAUUCAACAAAAGAAAGAGAAUCUUGGAAGACCCAUUUCUCCCUUUGACCCAACUGGGUCCGAGAGAAUCCACAGCCGCCGCUCAUCUAAUUUGAACCAAAGGUGUUUUUGAUGUUUAAUGGUGGGAAGAAGUGGAGUUUCCAAGUGUUUGAGAAGCUGGAUUGACUGUUUCUGAAGCUUUGUUAUCAAGAAAAUUUUAAAGAUUUCGAGUAGGCGUCAGCUGCUGACCGAUAUUUGAAAUCAUGGGGUGCGAGUUUUCUAGAAUGUGUUCGUGUUGCGAUACUGAACAAGAUGGAGUGGUAGUCGGAGCUCGUCAUGUGGAAAACGAGCCGGGGGAGGCAAGCGAUUUGCCUCUGUUUCGUGAAUUCUCUGUUGAACAGCUUAGGACAGCGACAUCUGGAUUUGCAGUCGAGAAUAUUGUUUCUGAACACGGGGAGAAAGCCCCUAAUGUGGUGUACAAAGGGAAGUUGGAAAACCAGAGGCGAAUUGCCGUCAAACGGUUUAAUAGAGCUGCUUGGCCUGAUUCGAGGCAGUUUUUGGAAGAAGCAAAAACGGUUGGUCAACUCCGAAGCCCUCGAUUAGCCAAUUUGCUCGGUUGUUGUAGUGAAGGCGAUGAAAGAUUACUUGUUGCUGAAUUUAUGCCACACGAGACACUUGCAAAGCACCUAUUUCAUUGGGAAACACAACCGAUGAAAUGGGCAAUGCGAUUACGGGUGGCUUUAUAUCUUGCGGAAGCUCUAGAAUAUUGUACAAGCAAAGGACGUGCUCUUUACCAUGAUCUUAACGCCUAUCGAAUAGUCUUCGGUGACGAUGCAAAUCCAAGACUAUCUUGCUUUGGGUUGAUGAAGAAUAGCAGGGACGGAAAGAGUUACAGCACAAACUUGGCGUUUACCCCUCCCGAGUAUCUGAGAACUGGGAGGGUAACACCGGAAAGUGUGAUAUAUAGUUUCGGCACCCUUUUGCUUGAUCUUUUAAGCGGGAAACACAUUCCGCCUAGCCAUGCCCUUGAUCUUAUAAGAGACCGGAAUCUUCAAAUGCUUACGGACUCAUGCUUGGAAGGUCAAUUCUCUAACGAUGACGGAACCGAAUUAGUACGCUUAGCUUCAAGAUGUUUGCAAUACGAGCCACGUGAACGACCAAAUCCAAGGUCAUUGGUUACCGCUUUAAUUCCGUUACAGAAGGAAACCGAGGUAAUGCAUGCCCAUUUCGAUAAGUUUAAUGGUCUACAAAGAACGCAUGUAAAACCGACGUUUUAUUUACAUUAUUAUGUAAUAAUAAUGCAGGUGCCUUCUCAUGUAUUAAUGGGCAUUCCACAAGGUGGCUCGGCUAUGCCUUUAACCCCACUCGGAGAAGCCUGCUUAAGAAGGGAUUUGACGUUUAUACACGAAAUCUUGGAGAAGUUGGGGUACAAAGAUGACGAGGGUGCGGCAACUGAGCUCUCGUUCCAGAUGUGGACUAAUCAAAUACAGGACACGUUGAACUCUAAGAAGAAAGGGGACUCGGCAUUUCGCCAUAAAGAUUUCAAAGCCGCGAUAGACUUCUAUACACAGUUUAUAGAAGUCGGAACCAUGGUAUCUCCAACAGUCUUUGCACGCCGAAGUUUGUCACAUCUCAUGAACGAAACGCCGCAAGAAGCGCUCAACGAUGCCGUUCAAGCACAAGUUAUAUCCCCGAUUUGGCAUAUUGCGUCCUACUUACAAGCUGCUGCUCUAUUUGCAUUGGGGAGGGAAAACGAAGCACAAAUCGCACUCAGAGAAGGCUCGGUUCUUGAAGAGAAACAGAACGCUUCUUGAUCGUAAGUUUAGACGCAUAUAUAUUGAUGGAAUACCAAAAAACGACACCGAAAACCAGAUCUGCAGAAAAACUGGAGUUUUAUUGAUGGUGAAAGAAGAUGAAAACUUGAAAAGGAUUUGAUUUGUUUAAUUUAUGAAGCAUUCUUUGGAAUACUUUUUUUUUGGUGAAAUUGGUUUGUUUUACUUAGGGGUGGUGUAAUGACUAAUGACAUGUUUACCCUUGUUUAGAGGGAAAGUAAUGACCUUUUUAAUUAUGUUAAUACAAAAUAUUUGGUGGAUAUUUAUUUU